AUGGAAAACACUUUAGAAAAAGUUUUUAUAAAUAAACAUCUUGGAAUCAAGUUUAAAUCUUAUAUUGAUGAAAAACUUAAUAUUUGGUUCAAGGCUAAAGAAGUAGCUAAGAUACUCGGUUACCGAGAUACAACACAAGCAAUAAGAAAAAAUGUAAGUAUAGAAGAUAAAUAUAAAGGGGGCGUCCAGACGACGGGGGGUUUACAAAAUUGUGUUUUUAUAAAUGAAAGUGGAUUUUAUUCUCUUGUUUUUUCUUCAAAGUUAGAAACUGCUAAAUUUUUUAAAAGAUGGGUUUUUUCAAAAGUACUUCCAUCUAUUCGUAAGUAUGGCUAUUAUAAAAUA